GAAGAGAGAGAAAGAAGAAGAAGAAGCAAAGAAAGCGAUUUGCCCAGGGUUGGAGAAGUGGUGAAGUUUAUCAAGGACUUCACACACAGCGAGAGAGAGAGAGAGAUCUGGAAGUGGAAGUGGAAGGGAUGAGUGAAGCGCAGAAGUACGUAUGGAAAGGGGCGAUUCCUGUACAGAUUCAUCUCCAUGAAUCUGAAGUCACCACUCUCCCUCCUCCUCCACCCGCACUUGUCUUGGCCCCUCGUAUAGGUUACUUACCUUUAUUGGUUUCUCUCAUAAAACCUCACUUCAGCAGUACACUUCCCCCUGGAGUAGACACCAUUUGGUUUGAGUACAAAGGACUGCCUCUCAAGUGGUAUAUACCAACUGGAGUUCUUUUUGAUCUUUUAUGCGUGGAGCCAGAAAGGCCAUGGAAUUUAACAGUACACUUUAGAGGAUAUCCAAGUAAUUUAUUGCUUCCAUGUGAAGGCGAAGACAGCGUAAAGUGGAGCUUUAUUAACUCACUUAAAGAGGCUGCAUAUGUAAUAAAUGGGAAUUGCAAGAAUGUCAUGAACAUGUCUCAACCUGAUCAAGUGGAACUCUGGCACUCUGUUUUAAAUGGUAAUUUGGAAUCUUAUCGACGGGUGUCAUCUAAGCUUAAGCUUGGAACUUUUGAAGAUGAAUAUACCGAAAAUAUCAAUUCAGUCUCAACUAAAUCUCAACAAAGUACUGGGGAUACCGAUGUUGCUGGACAAGUGAAGACUGGUAGAAUUCCUGUUCGUUUAUAUGCUUGGACUGUCAGUGAGGAGUUCGAUGAUUUUGAAGAUGCUACUCAAAUUGAUAAUUGGGACAAAGUCUCUUAUAUCAAUCGACCUGUUGAGAUUCAUAAGGAAGAUGGUAAAUACUUCAGCUUAAAUGAUGCGGUAAAAAGACUACUGCCUGAGUUUUUUACGGGAAGUUCCUUUGGUAAUGGAGGAGAUGCUGGCAUCAACCAAAGUGCAGAAGAGGGAGAAAAUCCAUGUGAUCCCGGUUCAUCUUUUCACCCAUUUGAGAUUGCUGAAAUCAAGUUUGUACGCAUUCAAGGGAUAGAACCUAUUUUGGAGAUACCUUUUUCUUGGGUGGUUAACAACUUAAUGAAUCCUGAGUAUUAUCUUCAUAUGUGUGUUUGCUUGAAAGUUUCAGAGGCCAAUGCUGUGCAAUAGUUGUUUGGCAUAUAUUUACCGAGAACCUCAAAAGAUGCAAUUCUUUUGUACAUAAAUGUACAGAACGGUUUCAUAUUAUAUUCAUUUCAUAAUUC